UGUGUGUGUGUUGAAGGCUUGUUGAAGAAUUAAAAGCUGAGAGAGAGAGAGGGAGAGAGGGAGAGAGGGAGAGAGGGAGAGAUGUCUUCAAUCGUCGUGGUUGCAGAAGAACCAACUCCUCUUCUACAGUCUUCUUUAUCUCAUGCUCCAAGUAGAGAUUCCGUUGCAGUAGACGAUCAUGACAUGAUUCCUACGUCAUCGUUGAACGAGCAAGAUAGAGCAAGUCCUACUGCUAUCGAUCAUAAUCAACGAAUUUUCUCUCUCGAUGUCUUUCGAGGUCUCACUGUUGCGUUGAUGAUUCUAGUUGAUGAUGCCGGAGGAGCGUUUCCAUCCAUUAAUCACUCCCCAUGGUUCGGUGUUACCCUUGCAGACUUUGUAGUGCCAUUUUUCCUUUUUGGUGUUGGUGUUUCCAUUAGUUUGGUAUUCAAGAAACACUCUAAUAAAUCAAUUGCAACAAAGAAGGUUAUACUGAGGUCGGCUAAGCUCUUUGUCUUGGGGGUGCUGCUGCAAGGUGGGUACUUCCAUGGGCGUAACCAUUUAAGUUAUGGAGUUGACAUAGAACGUAUACGGUGGCUAGGUGUACUACAGAGAAUCUCAAUUGGAUACUUCUUAGCAGCAAUUUCAGAAAUCUGGCUUGUUACUGAUACUGUGGUGGACACUGCAACUGCUUUUGUGAAAAAGUACUACAUCCAGUGGAUGGUUGCAAUCUCACUAUGCUUUCUGUACAUGGGCUUGUUAUAUGGUCUUUAUGUUCCUGACUGGGAAUUUGAAGUUCCAAGCAUAAAUUCCUCCUCAGUGCCAAAUUAUGGGUCUGGUAAUCAAAUUGUCCAUUGUGGAGUGAGGGGCAGUCUUGAACCUCCUUGCAAUGCAGCUGGACUAAUUGAUCGGUUUUUUCUUGGGGGAAAACAUCUGUAUCAACAUCCUGUCUAUAGAAGGACAAAGGAAUGUAGCAUUAAGUCUCCAGAUUAUGGACCUCUUCCACCAAAUUCACCUGGAUGGUGCCUUGCUCCAUUUGACCCAGAGGGCAUCUUAAGUUCGCUGAUGGCUGCAAUAACAUGUUUUAUCGGGUUGCAUUAUGGGCACAUAAUUGUGGAUUUUAAAAGGCACACACAAAGGUUCUUCUUGUGGUCAAUGUCAUCUUUGCUGCUACUACUCUCUGGAUAUGUUAUGGAGGUCCUAGGUAUUCCUUUAAGUAAGCCACUGUACACAUUGAGCUAUAUGUGCAUCACAACGGGAGCAUCAGGCAUCCUCUUAACGAUAGUUUAUUACAUAGUUGAUGCCCAAAAAUUUAGGAAGCCAACUAUUUUACUUGAAUGGAUGGGGAUGAACGCAUUCAUUGUCUAUGCUUUGGCUGCCUGUGAGUUGUUUCCAGCAGCAAUACAAGGCUUUUAUUGGCGCUCACCUGAGAACAACGUGGUAAAUGGCACGGAGGUUUUAUUGCAGACCAUGCUUCAAUCAAUGAAAUGGGGUACCCUAGCGUUUGUAUUGCUUGAGAUCUUAUUUUGGUGCCUUGUUGCAGGCUUCCUUCACAUGAAAAGGUUAUAUAUAAAACUUUAGCUGGCUUGCUUCACGUGAAAAGCAUAUGUACAAAAUUGUAGCUGCUGAAGGCAGUAUAUCUCUGCUCAUGUCCUGGGUAAUUCAUUCCUGUUGAUGCAUCAAAAUUAUAAUUCAUUCCA